CGGGAUCCCGGGGACAGCGGAUCCCGCCGGGAUCGGCGAUUCCCGGCCCGCGGCCCAUGCGGACACCGAGCGGCGGCCGCGGCCUGCCCAGGAACGCCCCUGGAGCAGCUGAGCCCCCCCCGCCAUGGCCUCGCCCCCCCCACCCGCAGUAGGAUCUCCCCCGGAUCCCCCCGGCCCCGCGGGGAUGGAGGAGCUGGGCCAGGCCUUCGCCUUCGAGGACAGCGAGGAGGAGGAAGAGGAGGAGGGGGAGGACGAGGACUCGGAUUCAGGAGCUGAUCCCUGCCCUGAUCCCGGAGCUGAUCCCGGUGCCGACGUCGCUCUCCAGGCGCCUCCGCGCCGGCGGCGCCCGCCCAGCUCCGAGGGGCUGGAGCCAGAGACCAAGGAAGGGAUCCUGCCACAGGUGAGCAACGGCGAGGCCGGAGGAGAUUCCCAGAUCCGGAGCCGCACCUGGAAGAGGGAGAGCAUCUGCCAAGGGGAGCGUUUCUCCUUCCCGGAGGUGGAGGACGAGGUCAUCUACGACGACGUUCCCUGCGAGGGCCUGGAUGUGGAGCAGGACGGCGCGGGGCUGAUCUACGCCGAGGUGCAGCGCGGGGAGGGGACGCGCCUGGGCCAGGACCUGGGCUGGAGCUCCAGCGAGUUCGAGAGCUACAGCGAGGGCGAGUCCGGAGAGGAAUCCCGGCCGGAAUCGCGGCGGGACGCGGAGCCGGCCAAGCUCCGGGCGGCGUUCCAGCCCAAGCUCUCUCCAGACCUCCAUAAACUCAAGGAAAAAUGCGCCAGGACUAAGCGGGAGCUCCUGGCUCUGAGAGUUGGGGGGAAGGAAAUGCAGGAGCUGAAGCACAAAUCCGAUUGGAAGGUGUCGCAGCUGAUGCGGGCGGCGCGCAGCGGCACCAAGGACGGGCUGGAGCGCACGCGCAUGGCCGUGCUGCGCAGGGUCACCUUCCUGCAGCGCCGCGACGGCCCAGGGGAUGGGGAGCGCAGGAGGAGCGCGGCCGAGGCGGAGAAGCCGCCGCGCUCCCGCCGGAGCUCCCGGGUUUCCCUGGAGCAGCCGAGGGCAGGGGACUCGGAGGAGGAGGACACCGGCUUCCUGGAGGUCACCGUGUCCGACAUGAGGCACCCCCCGCCCGAGCUGGGCCCCGCGCCCGAGGGGCUGAGCCCGCAGCAGGUGCUCCGCCGGCACAUCCUGGGCUCCAUCGUGCAGAGCGAGCGCAGCUACGUGGACUCCCUGAAGCGCAUCCUGCAGGAUUACCGGAACCCGCUGCUGGAGAUGGAGCCCAAGGUGCUGAGCGCCCGCAAGUGCCAGGUGGUGUUCUUCCGCCUGAAGGAGAUCCUGCAGUGCCACUCCAUGUUCCAGAUCGCCCUGGCCUCGCGCGUGGCCGAGUGGGACUCCAACGAGAAGAUCGGGGACCUCUUCGUGGCCUCGUUCUCCAAGUCCAUGGUGCUGGACGUCUACAGUGACUACGUCAACAACUUCACCACGGCCAUGUCCCUGAUCAAGAAGGCCUGUCUGACCAAACCUGCCUUCCUGGACUUCCUCAAGAAGCGGCAGAUGGCCAGCGCUGACCGCGUCACGCUCUACGGGCUGAUGGUGAAGCCCAUCCAGAGGUUCCCUCAGUUCAUCCUCCUCCUGCAGGACAUGCUGAAGAACACCCCGCGUGGCCACGCCGACCGCCUGUCCCUGCAGCUGGCGCUGACCGAGCUGGAGACGCUGGCCGAGAAGCUCAACGAGCAGAAGCGCUUGGCCGACCAGGUGGCCGAGAUGCAGCAGCUCAGCAAGAGCAUCAGCGACCGCAGCAGCUUCAACAAGCUGCUGAGCUCGGGGCAGCGGCAGCUGCUGCUGUGCGAGACGCUGACCGAGACGGUGUACGGGGACCGCGGGCAGCUGCUCAAGUCCAAGGAGAGGAAGGUGUUCCUGCUCAGCGACCUCCUGGUCUGCGCCAACGUCAACUUCAAAGGCCAGCUGGAAAUCAGCAGCCUGGUGCCCCUGGGCCCCAAGUACGUGCUGAAGUGGAGCACGGCCCUCCCGCAGGUGCAGGUGGUGGAGGUGGGCCAGGAGAGCGGCGCCGGCGACAAGGACAGCGCCGCGGCCGUGGCCAACGCCGGCGCCCGCCGGCACGCGCCCGCCGGCCAGGCCGCGCACAAUAAGGUCUACCUGGGCCCCCCGCGGCUCUUCCAGGAGCUGCAGGACCUGCAGAAGGACCUGGCAGUGGUGGAGCAGAUCACGCUGCUCGUCAGCACCCUGCACGGCACCUACCAGAACCUGAACAUGACGGUGGCGCAGGACUGGUGCCUGGCCCUGCAGAGGAUGAUGAAGGUCAAGGAGGAGGAGAUCCACUCGGCCAACAAGUGCCGCCUGCGGCUGCUGCUGCCCGGGAAACCGGACAAGUCCGGGCGCCCCAUCAGUGUCAUGGUGGUGUUCAUCACGCCCAGCCCCCUGAGCAAGAUCUCCUGGGUGAACCGGCUGCACCUGGCCAAGAUCGGCCUGCGGGAGGAGAACCAGCCGGGCUGGCUCUGCCCCGACGAGGACAGGAAGAGCCGAGCUCCCUUCUGGUGCCCCAUCCUGUCCUGCCACAUUCCAGCCUUCUCCUCCAAAGCCUUGGAUCUGCAGCUCGGAGCCGCUGUCCACAAUCCCGUCCAUUCCUCGCUCCUGGGGUUCUCGGCCGUCAGCACCUCCCUGCCCCAGGGCUUCCUGUGGGUGGGAGGGGGGCAGGAGGGGGCGGGGGGGCAGGUGGAGAUCUUCUCCCUGAACCGCUCCGUGCCCCGAACCGUCAAAUCCUUCCCGGUGCCGGCCCCGGUGCUGUGCAUGGAAUUCAUCCCGGAGCCGCAGCCCGAGGAUCCCGCGGAGCAGGGAAUGGCCCCGGACCCGGCCCCCAACGCCCCCCACCCCGCAGUGUGCCUGGGGCUGCAGGACGGGAGCCUGCUGGUGUUCGGGGCGGUGGCGGCGGGGACGCCGGUGCUGCAGUGCUGCCGCGUGCCGGGCGCGGUGCCCGUGCUGUGCCUGCGGAACAGCCCCGGCUUCCUGCUGGCCGGGCUGCAGGACGGGAGCGUGGCCGCCUUCCCCCGCAACCACGAGGGUCUGUGGGACGCGGGCUCGGUGCGGGUGCUGCGGGUGGGGCCGGGCCCCGUGCGGGCGCUGCUGGCGCUGGAGGAGUCGCUCUGGGCCAGCUCCCAGAACCUCGUCAGCGUCCUGGGAACACCCGAGCUGCAGAGCCAGCACUGUUUCGAGGCGCACCCCGACCCCGCGGCGGCGGUGACGCUGAUGGUGCGGGCGGGCAGCGGCGUGUGGAUGGCCUUCGCCCAGGGCUCCUCCAUCCGCCUCUUCCACACCGAGACCCAGGAGCACCUCCAGGAGAUCAACGUGGCCACCAGGACCACCCUGCUGCUGCCCGGGCAGAAGCUCGUGCGCGUCACCAGCCUCCUGCUGUGCCAGGGCUCGCUCUGGGUGGGGACGGAUCUGGGAAUCAUCGUCCUGCUGCCCGUGCCGCGCCUGGAGGGCAUCCCGAAAAUCACCGGGAAGGGGAUGGUGUCCCUGAACGGCCACGCCGGCCCCGUGCAGUUCCUGGCGCUGGCUCUGAGCACUUUGGCCCCCGACGCCCUCCGGGCCGAGCAGGACGAGCCCGACGAGGCCGAGGAGGAGAAAUCCCCGGAUCCGGAGGGGCUCCAGCCGCGGGAAAUGCGGAAAAAAGGGAUUUUGUUACAAUACCGGCUGCGCUCCACGGCCCACCUGCCCGGCCAGCUGCUCUCCGUGCGGGAAGCGGCGCCGGGAACGCCGGGAACGCCGGGACACGCCGAGGAGGACGGAUCCAUCUACGAGCUGGCCGAUGAUCCCGACGUGUGGGUGCGGAGCCGGCCCUGCUCCCGGGAUUCUUCCCGCAAGGAAAUCUCCUCCGUGGCCAUCGUCUCCGGAGGCCGCGGGUACCGGGAUUUCCGGGCGGAAUCCGCGCGCCGCUCCGGAGCUGCCGACAGCUCCCUGCUCAUCUGGCAGCUCCCGCUGGCGCUGUGAGCCCGCCCGGAAUUCCCGAAUUUCCUACCUCAGGAGUCCCCCGAAUUCCCGGGAGCGGCGCCGCCCUGGGCGCUUGAGCCACUGCGAGGAAAAAACUGGGAAAAACGCGGGAUUCUCCCCCAGAUCCAGCGGAUCUGGAGUUGGGAGCGGCGGGGUUUUCCCGGUUUCCCUGCGUGUGUGUGUGUGUGUGUGUGUGAGUAAUCCCUAGAGAUAGAAAUCCCUGGAUUAUAAAUAGGCUGUAAAUUAUUACCUGUAAAAAGAAGGAAUCUGUAUAUAUUGGGAAUGCUGGGAAGAGCGGGAGCAGCUCCCGAAAAAGCGGCUCCGGCUGCAAUAUCCACUCCUGUUCCCGACUGGGAAUUUGAGGAUCUGGAAUUUGAGGUACUGAAAUCCCCUGGAUUUGGGAGCCGAGCCCGCUCGGCUUCCCGAGGAAAGGAAAACAGGGGAAGUGUGGAAAUAAAUCCCAUAGGAAUGGC